CAUUCUCUUUUUUCAGUUUGUAUUAUUGUUCUUGAUUCUGUUUUUGCAAAUGUCUGCCUGCUCUGAGUCUCAGCAGGUAUCUUCUUCUUCUUCCCAACAUUCAAGUCCAAUGAUAAGAGAAGUGCAGCUGGUUCCGAAAUCGACUUCGGAUCGUCUUCUCGAGAAGUUCUUUGAUGCUACACAGUAUGACUUUGAUUAUAAUGAGCAGAGUGGAUUGUGGUCUCCCCCUGUGCAGCGUAGUGUGUUCUUGAGUUCACAAGGUAAAAUAUUCACAGAAAAUGAAAUGCAUGCCAAGCUUACAACUUUAAUGGCUGCUCAAGCUCGUUCUACAACAGAGAACAAAAUUCGUUGCCGAGCAUUCUGGUGCUCUUGAAGCAUAUCUUGGAAGCCAGCUUAACCUUAUAUUGAAGAGGAUUGCAGGUCAAGACACAAGUAGGUAGCAAACAAGAAUUAAGAAGAUAACAUGGGAUCCUCAGAAAUUUAGAAACCCAAUUGUAGUUUCUUUCCUCUUUUGUCAUGUAAAUUGCUCGUUGUUCAAAGUUCUAAAAAGGAAAAUGAUAAUCGAGGGUGCAAAUAUUUUGUCAUCGACCCAAUUGUUUUCUAUUUGCGGCUUGUUCAAACAAAGUUUCUAAUUAGCUAGUGAUUCAGAACUACACAAAUUUACUGCAGAUUAGUGAAGGAAUGAUGGAUGUGGUUUACCAAGAAGAAGAUGUACGUCUGGUAGAUGCGUAUUAGCUACUAUGUCAGCUUCAUGAUGACAUACAGUAGCCCCAAAUUUGACUACGACUUGUAGGGAGGUUGGUGUUUGCUCAAUUCAAAUUUGCAAGGGGAGAGUGGGAACUUGAGGGCAGGUUUCCCCAAAAAUGUAUUUAGUGAUGUCAAUGUCAUGAUGCAAAUUUUGACAGACUCGGGAGACACAAUUAGCCAAUAGAAAAUCACAGCUCAUUCAC